GCGACCAUCGCAUCAUCGGGCAUUCCUGUCCUCGUAGGCAGCAGUAAGCAGAAUAUUGGGGUGCAGCUUGUCAUGGAUGCCCUUGUACAGUACCUGCCAGACCCAUCUCAGCGCUCCCCACCACCUAUAAUCGCACACUACAUGAAACGUCUUCACAACUCGGCGUCUGCUUCCAAGCCUCGUCCUGAUACUACACUGAAUGCACUCCCCAUGCUUUUGGUUUUCAAGAUCCUUUUUGACUCCCACUGGGGUGCGCUAACCUUGGCGCGAGUUUACUCGGGCAACGUGGUUGCCGGCGCUCAAAUAUCCAAUUGGACCAGACAGGAUGAGCAGAUUGAGGGGAACGAGAAUGUUGGCCGGGUUCUCCAAAUCAACGGUGAUUCUUACACGGCGCUGCGGUCGGCUGGACCGGGCUGUAUUGUGGCACUCACGAGCCUACAGUCUACACGCACAGGAGACGUGCUGGGACCCCCGGGAAAUAUGUUCAGAGUCACAGAGACGGCAAAAACGCCACAAGGUAUUUUGGCCAACGACCAUCUGGACUCUGCUUCGGAGCAAGACCUUGGAUUUUACGUGCCCACACCAGUAGUUCAUGCCGCCCUAGAGCCGCGCAGUGUUUCAGCAAUCCGCGGGCUAGAACGUUCUUCUUUUAUCCUUCGAAGUUCCAAGUCCGGCUGCUGGUCUGCCUUCGUGGCUCUGCAUUAA